AUGACCGCGCCACCAGAUGACCAUGAGACAGAGCCAUAUGAGGGCUGCGUUAGGUCUCAGUAUAAUGUCAUGGCGGAUAGCGACGAAGAUUCAGAUGAUUCAGAAGAUAUCGUAACAAAAUCAGAAGCAAAAUCUAAAGAAUCAAAAGAAGAGCAAACAUCAGUUAAGAAAUCAUCGUGUUGUAUAUUACUUUAA